CGGUGGCUUCUUGACGUCAGGAUAGGUCUAGCCACAGAAUAUCAGUUCGGACCGGUGAGCAGUGGAUUAUUGCGGAAACAUAAACGACGAGAGGAGGUAUUUUCCCCACUACACAGAUAAGAGCAGCUGCAAGAUGCCUUUGGGAGAGGAAGAAAAUGCAUGGAAAAAGAAGACAUCGGACAUCAAGGAAUUCUAUGACUUCAAAGAUGUGCUGGGAACCGGGGCCUUCUCCGAGGUAGUCCUGGCCGAGGAGAAGAGGACCCAGAGGCUGGUGGCCAUCAAGUGCAUCCCAAAGAAGGCCCUGGAGGGCAAGGAGAACAGCAUUGAAAAUGAGAUCGCUGUCCUGCACAGAAUACAGCACACUAACAUUGUGACCCUGGAAGACAUCUUUGAGAGUCAAUCCCAUCUGUACCUGGUGAUGGAACUGGUGUCAGGGGGAGAGCUGUUCGACAGGAUAGUGGAAAAGGGUUUUUACACAGAAAGAGAUGCCAGUAAACUCAUCUGUCAGAUCCUGGAUGCAGUCAAGUAUCUCCACGAUAUGGGCAUUGUGCACAGGGACUUAAAGCCAGAGAACCUGCUAUAUUACAGCAUGGACGAGGACUCCAAAAUCAUGAUCAGUGACUUUGGCUUGUCCAAGAUUGAAGACUCUGGGAGUGUGAUGUCUACAGCCUGCGGCACACCUGGAUAUGUGGCCCCUGAAGUGUUGGCGCAGAAGCCCUACAGCAAAGCAGUUGACUGUUGGUCUAUUGGCGUCAUCUCUUACAUUCUUUUAUGCGGAUAUCCACCAUUUUAUGAUGAAAAUGACGCCAAGCUGUUCGAGCAGAUCCUGAAGGCAGAGUACGAGUUUGAUUCUCCAUACUGGGAUGAUAUAUCAGACUCAGCCAAAGAUUUCAUCUGCCACCUUAUGGAGAAGGACCCUGUGGAGAGGUUCACAUGUGAGCAGGCUUUACAACAUCCCUGGAUUUCUGGCGAUACAGCUCUUGAUAAGAACAUCCAUGAAUCUGUCAGUGCUCAGAUCAAGAAGAACUUUGCAAAAAGCAAAUGGAAGCAAGCGUUCAAUGCCACAGCUGUGGUGCGGCACAUGAGGCGACUGCAGCUCGGCACCAGCCUGGAGGGCACCAGUCACAUCACCCCCACCAGCCCCUGCCACGGCCACGGCCACCUACUCCUGCCCACCGAGGACAUCGGGGAGGAGGCAGAGGAGGAGGAGGAGGAGGAGGAAGACGAAGAUGGUUCUCAGUGCGGAGAAGAACGCAGAGGCAGCGCAGAUCGUGACAGCUUGAGGAGCUGCACCUACUGCUGUCGACCGUCCAGCCGGGUCUGAGCACAACAACCUAGAACCUAGAACACAGAACCUGACCCAUCACCCAAGCACCCCCUCCCCCCCUUUCAAACCACCACCAGUCUGGCUUGGAAUACAGAGUUAUCCCACCAGCGUCCACUAGGAGCUGUGUCGACGGGAGGGACAGAAAGUAGUCUCCUGGGGCCAGAUGUAGGUUUAUUAAACAUGCCUUGGGCCCAGGAUUUGGGUUAGAACAGAGCCAGUGAGGACGUUAUAGAACUGGCACAGGAACGUCCACAGAAAAGUCCUGUGGAGAUAGGAGGUCUUGUGAAGCAGGUUUUAGAAGCCUGCUAGUCAGUUGUUCACAGAGUCCAUUUCACUGGCUAAAUGUCAAGCUGCCACAAUCAAGUCUGGCCCCAAGAGACCAGAGAAAACAGUGCAGGAGGACCAAGAUAUCACAGGAAGGAAUUUAGACAUAUUGUAGGAAGACUUAUGGCAACAGAUUUGUGAAUUGGUAAUUUUGUGUUCAUUUUUAUUGUUUGUCUUGACUUGACUUUUUAAUGUCCCAACCAAAGUGGAUUGAAAGUAUGGAGCUUACUUACUGUAUAUGUGCCAGACAUUUACUUACAGCUGUGAGAUCAGGGUGGAUGGCCCUCAGUGGCAUGUCCUUAGAUAGUUUAUCGUCACCCGUGGCUCAAAAAUCUUCAUCCAACUCAUUGGCUUUCAUAGCAUUAGAAAAUGAAAGGAAAUUAGAGUGUAUGGACCUCCCAGUGCCAAGAUUCCAAUUUAGAUUUAGCUCUG